CAGUCUUGGUUUGAUGUUCGACAGAGUUGUUUGUUUUUUCGGCAAUAUUUUUUCACGAGUGUAUAAUUAUUAUUGUACAGAGUAAAACAAUACAACAACAACUAACACUUAGUUAAUUACAUCAUUUAUAUAAUUUUCAUUAAAAAUCUAAGAACAAAAAAAUUAAAUAAUUAUUAUUAAAAGAAGAACAACAGAAACAAACAAAAAAAUAGAAAAUAUGAUAAAUGUGUAAAUGAACUUAUAUGAAUGUAUGUAUGUGAAAAGUGUGGAGGUGAUUUUUCUUAUCAGAUGGCCGGGCAAAAAUUAAACAAAAUCAUGAAUGGACUUUAAAUUAUAAUUUCGUGUGUAUGGCUCUAAUACAUACAACAUUCAUGUAUUUAGAGUAGCGCCUCCAAACUAAAAGGAAGUGUCUUCAGAGAGUUGACUUGACCAUUGUGAUACCCAUGUGAAAUGCCUUAUGAAAAAUUCAAUAAAAAGCGUAGACAAUGGGAGGAUAAUGGAGUUUUAGAGUUAAUCAAAUUAUGGAAAGUUUGUGCCUAUGAAUUGCGCACUAUUAAACGCAAUGGCCAUCUCUAUGUGGCUAUGGCAAAGCAAUUGACCGGUCUUGGAGUACCCGUAACUGCAUUAGAAGUACACUUUAAAGUGAACAAUUUAACACAACGCUAUAGACAAGAACAGAAAACCUUUGAAGCAACUGGUAUAAUAAGUACAUGGAAAUUUUAUAAUCAAGUGGAUGAUGUCUUUAAAAGCUUGGGACAAACAGGCUAUACAAAAGAUAAACGUAUUAUGACCCCAGCAUCUAAUGCUAGCAGUUUACCGUCUUCAUCCGAGUCACCCGUUUGGAAAAAUCAAAUGUCUCAACAAGAGUUUAACAGUAAUAAUUCCGAGGGAUUUUACAAAUCGGAAUAUGGCAUGCACCGGCAUUUCAUAGAUCAUACGCAGGCCCAGGCUGCUAAUGGUGCUGGUGGUGCCACUGGCAGUGGUGCUGAUGUUAAUUUUAUGGCAAAUACAGCGGCUGCUGCAGCCGCUGUUGCCGCCGCCUCACGUCUAAAUGAAACAAAUCAAAUGGAUCAAUUAAAUGCUGCCGCCACGGCUGCUUCCUCCAAUAAUGCCACCAAUGGUGGUGUCUUAAACUAUAAUAAAAUCAAAAAAUCACCCGAUGAUUAUGAUAAAUUUGUGGAUAUUGUCAAAAAUAUUGUUGAUUCACACAAAACCACCCCAGACAAAGUCGAUACUUUUGGCGAUUUUAUAAAAUCCUACAUAAAACGCUGGCCUGAACGCCUCCAAGAUGAGGCCAUCAAUCAUAUAACAAACUAUAUAAUUGUUAAGAAUAUGGAUCAUACCAUUCACAACACCAUCGAGGGUGUCAAUAAUCGACAAUAAUAUAAGAGUGAACCUAGAAACUAGGUUCACGUACAUAAUAAUUAAAUAAAAUUAAUUUUAUAAUCACAGCAACAACAUCACAUGCAUAUAAUAUACAAUAAAUGUUACUUAAGUUGAUUUUUUAAAUUUAAAUUUAUACCUAUUUAAUUUUUAAUUA